AUGGGGAAAACAAAGAUAAGUCUGAAGGAAUUGGCUAGUAUUAAACGAAAGUUCACUAAGCCAAUUGAUGACUAUCUAAAUAGAUUUCAAUUACUCAAAGCUAUGUGUUUUACACAAGAAGAAAAGGCUAGAGAAAAUAAGAAUAAAAGAGUAGCCUACAUCGAUUUUAGUAAUGAUGACGAAGGAUCCUAUAAUGGGCCUUUAGACUUAGACAAAAAUGAAAUAGACCUUGUUGAGUUGAAGCAAGGGCCACAUUACGCUUAUAAGGUUUUGGCCUCGUCGAAUGGAAAAAACCCUAUUGAACCAGAAAAUAAUAAUAAAUUUCCUAAAAAAACUUACGCUUUUGAUGUUACAAAAUGUGACGAAAUCUUUGAUUUGUUAGUUAAGGAUGCUAAAGUACCUCCUUUAGAACAAAGAAAGAAAAAAGGGUUUUCCAAGUACCAUAGUUUUCUGGGUCAUAAAACAUCUCAAUGUUUUCUUUUCAGGGAUCUUGUUCAGAAUGCUAUCCAAGAAGGGAGACUCAAGUUUGGAGACAAACCUAGGAGCCAGAUGAAGAUCGACUCCAACCCUCUGCAAAUGGAUGAUGCCCACUACACGGAAGCAGAGGAAGUAAACAUGGUCGAAGUCACUGAUGAUUUCAAAAUGAUCGAAGUUACUAAGGACUUCGUCAACGAACCCGUCAUGGUUAGGGUUUCUGAGCAUCUUGAUCAGGGAUUCUUCAAUGACUUCUUUCAGGAAGUUGUGGGAAAUGUCACCAAUGGAAACAAUGAUGUUUUCGACACCAGAGUCACUAAAGAUUCUAACCUGAUGAUAGUAACCAAAGAAACUGUUGAUGGUUUCGUGUAA